CGAAGGCAUAAAACAUGUAAGUUUGUAAAUGCAGCUAUAAGUACGAGUACACCGAGCACGGAGGAAAUUAACCAAAUCAAAACUAGCAAGCAAUUCGACUCACAAACUAGCCGACCUACAGUGUUAAUUAGAGCUCGCAGUUGCGCUCUCACACCUUACGAGAAAUAGCUAAAUCAGAAUAAAGCAAUCAACAAAUCAGUACUGCAAUUCCACAGACCCAGAGACAAUAGAGAAACGCACUAGAGGAAAUUAAGUUUGGGCAAUCAUAUCACUAGCGCCAGUAGCACUGCGAAAUGGGUAGAAACCCUUGUUCCUCAAAGGAGGGUGCCUUUAACAAAGGAGCUUGGACUGCUCAUGAAGACAAAAUCCUCUCUGAAUACGUAAAAAUUCACGGUGAAGGCCACUGGAGAAACCUUCCCAAAAAAGCAGGUUUGAAUAGAUGUGGGAAAAGCUGUAGACUACGCUGGUUGAACUAUCUGAGACCUGACAUUAAGAGAGGUAACAUUUCACCGGACGAAGAAGAACUUAUCAUCAGGCUUCACAAGCUUUUGGGGAACAGGUGGUCUCUAAUAGCCGGGAGGCUUCCAGGGCGAACAGACAAUGAAAUAAAAAACUACUGGAACACCAAUUUAGGCAAAAAAAUUCAGGACCGCCAAAUUAGCCCUGGUGGUUACAUGCGCAAGAGCACAAGUGUGGAAACGAACUCUAUUUCGGAAAUGUCAACGUCAAACAUCACCAAUAACAACAACAACAGCAACAACCAUUCUUCUUCGUUGCCAUCAGCACCAUCCGGAAUGGCCACGCACGUGGUUCGGACCAAAGCAAUCAAAUGCACCAAAGUUGUUGUCAGCAAUGACCCUUCACCUUGUCUGGCCCACAAUGUUGAUCAUUUCGAUCCAGACAAACACACUUCACCCUCCUCACUGGACGCUCAUCAUCUGUCUGAAUGCUAUCCAGUACUAUUGGAGGCUAAUACAUUGAAUGGCUUAUCACCAUCCUCAUUUUCCACUACUACUACUACUACCAGUCAAGAGGCCUUUUCUUCGUCCACGGAUUUCAUCAUGAAUUUCAAUUCCACUGAGGAACUUUUCCUUUCCAACCUUUUAAACUCGGAUUUAUUUGAUUAUAAUGACAAAUAUCGCAAUAAUAGAGUUUUGUCUACUUCCUUGGGAGACGACCAAGCUUUAAUGUUUUCUGAGGAUUUUCUGACGCCGAGUUGGGAGUAUUACUAGUAGUGUUAAAAAAGAUAGUGUUCAAGGUCGAUCUAUAGCGGGGGUAAUAGUUUCAUUUCCUUUACUUCGCUUCUGGGAUGCUGAAGGAGAAUGGCUUGCUGCAGAGACUACUGAUUAAAGUUACCCCAUAUAUAUAUAUAUAUAUAUAAUUGUAGCCAGUGUGCGGUAAAAAAACUAUGGUUGUGAUCGAUAGCAAUAAAUGUUUCAGCAGUUAACAGUGUAAAACCCAAUAAGCAUUAACCCCUAUAUAUAUAUAUAUAUAUAUUUAUUUUCUUCGUACAA